AUGGCGAUGUCUGCAUCUGAGGAGAUACUUCACGCUUUCAAUGAAGUGCUGAAUUUGAGGGAAGCCUAUACCUGGAACUGCCAACGAAAGACGAUGAUUGGAAUUACGAGUAGAUCCUCAAAUUUCUCCGGCAUGUUGCCACUUGUGGAUACAUCUAUGAUAUCGAAAGUCACCAAAUACCAUCUCUGA